AUGUCUACCCUCAGCCGUGAGAAGCUAUGUGAGGAGGAGCCAAUAUCACCACUCGAAUCGCCAGCCUUGACUCCAGGAUCAUCAACAAACGAAUCCGACCAUGCGAGAAUCACACCACACAUCCCGUCGCCUACCGUUCCGCCACGUCAAUAUCGCGGCCGAACGUCCACACGCUCCGGCAGAGCAUCAGCACCCUCGCAUAUAUCGACUCGCCCGCCAUACGACGGCACUCGAAAACCCAUCAGAUUCAAACAUGUCGCAGAAGACGGCACAAAACUCACGACAUUCUCCGUUAUAUCUGUCAGCACGACACCCCAAAGCAGCGAACUGAACUCUCCCAUUUUGAAGCCGCAGUUAACGAUCAACGUCCCUCCUAAUGCGAAACCACGCGAUCUCCAUGCCGACCUACAUUGGGAAGUCAAUACGCAGAAUCCUCGGAAUUGGAGCCGGCGGAGGAAAUGGAUGCAUACGCUUGUUCCCUCUGCCCUUGCGUUCAUGUUCGCUCUCGGAGCUACGGUCCUAGCGCCUGCGAGGGAGGAGUUCAAGACUGACACCAAGACAUCCACGGCGACCUCCGUACUGCCAUUGUCGCUUUACGUCCUUGGACUGGCUUUCGGACCGCUGCUAAGUGGGAUUGCAAGCGAGGUCUUUGGGAAGAAGAUCGUGUACAUGCUUUCUAUACCGCUCUAUGAGAUCUUCAUGCUGGCAUCCGGACUGGUUGCAACGACGUCCGGCAUCCUGAUCUGCAGGUUUCUUGCCGGCGUCUCCUGCUCACCUGCGUUGCAACUCAGAUGGAGUACGCUUGACGAUGUCUGGACGCUGGAAGAGAAGGUUCUGCCUCUGGCGAUAUGCAUCGGCUCGGUGCUUCUGGGCUCCACCAUGGGACCGGUGAUAGGAGGUGUGGUGACCUACCACAAGGGAUGGAGGUGGACACAGUUUGUGGUCGUGUUUGCUUUCGCAGGCUGCGUGUUGCCUGCAAUUGCCAUGAAAGAAACGAGCAAGAAAGCGGUCCUGAGGAGGAAGAAUGGCGAAUCUGCACGAGCACCCAUCACGGCCCCGGAAAUGGUAUCGUUCCUCUCGAAGCCGUUGCGAAUGUUGUGGCGUGAGCCGAUCGUGGCCCUCUACACGGUCCACAUCGCUUCCCACGUGGGUGUCACGUAUGCCAUCUACACCGUCUUCCCCUCGAUCCUCGGAGAUGCCGAGCAUUUCGAUCUGCGAAUCUCAGGGCUCGCGUUCAUCAGCAUGAGCAUAGGGCUCCUCCUUGGCCUGUGCAUCAUUGUCGCCCACGAGAUGAUCAUAUAUCGCCCCCGCGUGGCCAACUACAGAGACUCGCGUGCCACGGAGGGAGAGAAGACUCUCAGCCCCGCGAAACGAAGCAGCACGAAGCGCAACAGACUGAGCUUCGGCCCUUCUAGUGAGCAAAUCCGUCUGAAUACCGCGCGCUCGCCCGGUGGCAGUGGAGGCCGAAGGAGGAGCAUCUUCCAAUCCCUCAAACGAUUAUCCUUCGGCGCCGCGUACAGAAACCUCGUAGCUCCGGAUCAAGACCCUCGAGAUAACAUACGCAUGGCUGUUGCCGCGGCGAGAUAUCUGAACGGCUUGAAGGCAAACGAGGGCCGGAGGAUCAUGCCGGAGAGGGUCUUGCUGCUGUUGAACCGAGGCAUGGAAUAUGCGCAUCUGUGCGCGGCGUUGGAGGGAUACAAGCUGAAGCUCGAUCGGGCCGAGUUGGCCAAGGUGUUAGUUGCGGCUCUCAGUGAAGAGACGAAAGAGCCCGCUGUCGCUCACGCUCUCGCUCCCCCAAGCAGUCCGCGAUCGAUUCCUUCCCAAGAUCGGCGUCGUGACGCCGCCAUUGCCGCACUGGGAGUCGAGUAUCCUCGACUCGCGGCACUCGCUCCAACCACGCCCCCUACACGCCCUUACGAGCCCGUUACCCAUCGCCGAAAACUCUGGAUCCCACCAUCCAACAUCCCGCCCCCGGAAUGGCGACUCUGGCUCUCCCUGCCGGCUUCCUUGCUCACGCCGGCUUCCCUCUUCCUGCUCGGCUGGACCGCGCACGAUCCCAUUCACUACAUUUUUCCUAUCAUCGCCCUGACCCUUUACGCCGUCAGUACCUUGCUCGUCGCCAUGGGCUUGACGCUGUACAUCAUGGAGAGCUACGGACCGACACAAUCCCCUUCCGCGGUCGCCGCUUGCACGGUGACGAGUGCCAUCUUCGGGUUUGCAUUUCCACUCGUCGCGGUGCCGAUUUACGAAAGUCUAGGGCCCGGGCUGGCGACGAGCGUGUUGGCUCUCGUGGCAGUCCUCUUGGCAUUGAUUCCCGUGGUUUUCUAUAUCUUUGGGCCUGCGCUGAGGAAGAGGAGAAAAUUGAAAGAUACUCAAUGA